AUGGAGGAUGUCUCCUUGCCCGAGGGUCGCCCCGAGUCCCACUCAGGUACACCAGGUACACCGCUCGGCUCACACGCGUCCGUGGACCAUUUGCCGGUCAAUGUGAUCGAGGACAUUCUCUAUGCUGUUGAUGCCAACACAUUUGCGUCACUUUCUUUGUUGAACCAGAAAUGGAAGCGUAUAUCUGAUUCCGCGGCACUGUAUGCCCACCACUUAACGCGAUGCCCAUCAUUCUCUUGGACUCACGGUACCAUACCGACACUCACAGAGGCUGAGAGUCUGCCUGCCCUCAAGCGUCUAUUUAUCAAGCAGGUCAGGCAAAAUGCGUUUGAUGCGUUCCUUCGGCCCCGCCAAACCCUGGUGAAGUUGAUAUCAAGUUCCAUGAGCUCUUCAACCGCCUUUCCUCAGGGUGAAGUGUUUCGAUUCUCAUUUUCGGCAAGUGGACAAAUGGUUCUAUGUAUCAGUUCUUCACGAAUUAUCAUACUAGACGUCGCCACUGACCCAGUCAUCGUCAAGCAUGAGCUGAAAACUCGUAGAAGACCACUGGGGGCAACGAUCCGUGACGAUGGAUCUCUUCUUGCUGUGUUGUCGUCCACGCAUCGAGUACAUCUUUAUGAGCUUUCCGAUGAUGAAGCUAAGCAUGUUCAAGUCAUUACGCUGAACGAUGCUCCAAGAGAUAUUGCAUUCUCCCCAACGGGCAGUGUGCUGGCCUUGUCGUUUGAUGAUAGUAUAGAGGUAUAUGCCGUGGGCGAAGAGGCGCUGCCGACUGAUCGUCGAGCAGUGCGUUGUCUGCGUGCCGACGCACUUUCAUUCUCACCCGACGGGUCAAUGCUUGUUGGAUCCUCGACGGAAUCUUCCAACAAUGGCAUCAUCACCAUCACUGCUCCUUUUUAUACUGAAACCGGAACGGACGCUUCCCCCGAAGAGCUUCACAUGCGAAUGUGGACAACUCAAAUCCUGUUCCCUGAGAUAAUCCCUGGAUUUUCCCAUGCUUGUCUUCUUGCUGGCCACGAAGAAUCUGACUAUUCCUGGGUCAUGGGAUACGAUGACCAACUGGCAUCAUUCAGGGUUCUCAAGCUGAACGAUGCUAGUGGUGGAAUUGUAUAUUUUGCUAGUCCAUUUUUCCCUGACGAGUCUCGGGAGAUGCGACCAAGCAUGAGACCUGCCGUGGAUGAUUCAGGAGAGCUUGUUGCUUUGGGAUUCCAAGACUCAGAGUUGUGGAUAUAUGGGGUACCUGAGCGUCUGGAUCUUACUCCCAUGGCAAGCCCUAUCUCGGGCGCUCAAGUCGAGAUUUCCGGUACUCGGAUUGGUGGCAUUCAUCAUUGCGGAGACUGCCCACCUCGCGACAAUCUAGCACAGCUUCAGAAGAUAGUCCAACAGCCCAAGAUCCUGAUUCGGGGACGUCGGGUCACUGGCAUGCAUGGAAUCACCUCCGCUCAUUGGGUACGGACGGCAGAUUCAACUUCAGACAAAAGGAUUCGUCGCCGGCUGGUAGCGGUAGCACCCGGUGGCGUACGUCCACAAGCAUUAGGCCAAGAGGAUAUUCCGAUUGACGGGGGCCGAAUCCUGCUUCUUGAUUUCGAGCGCUCCCCGAAGAAUGGCGGGAUAACGGAGCUUGACAUUGAAGUUGGUGAAUUGGAGCCCAAAAUUCUUAUGGAACCAGACUCCUCCUUGGAUACAGAAGUUGAGCUUGAGCGAAGACGCACCAGAUUACACCGGGGCGACACUGCAACCACAAUCGCAGGCUUCGGUCACCGAUCAACGGCAACCACUCGAGCAUCGCGCAUCCUGCCACUUCGUUUCCGUCGGAACAGCAUUGGAAGUCCGGCUUCACCAACCGAGACCUCUCAGGGUGGAUUACUGGACUUACCUUAUGACAACACCCAACCCCGUUCUAGCGACGUGCUCCACCGAGCUGCGACUGCAGCUGCCUCGACCCGCGGACGAUAUGACCCCCGAUACCGCAACACCCCCGAACGUCGACAAGUUCCGCAUGAGAGUGACGCUGAUCAAUGGGUGCCACCACCUCCUCCUUAUCAGCGUGAAACGGACGUACCCUUGCCGGAUGACCUACGGAGGACGCUUCUUCCAGGAGCCUCCCCCAACCCUCACACCGUUGAUCCUGCCCACCACCCUGAACGAUCACAAACCACUCGCAUCCUACGUCCAGCUUCAACCAUUCGUCCACGCCCACAGUCAGUCAUCAUUCAGAGACUUGGUACUCUAACUGGCGCCAGGCGUAGAGGAAGCUCCAUUGGUAGAGAAGUCGACUACUUUGCCCCGGAGCAAUCCGAAACUACCCCCCGCUUUCAACAGCCUUUCAUCCAUGAUCCCUCGUCUGGGAUACAUGGGUCUGACUCACGCCCUGUUACAGCAGCAUCGAUAGCACAGCAUCAAGCAGCAGUACAAAAUCCCCCCACAUUGACGGUACAACCGGCCGAGCAAACGUUGCAUGAAAGUACCAUGCCUCUCCCCUACCUGGGGGCCUCUGCCCUCGGCGAUGCGCUCGGCGAUGCCUACUUCCCGUACUCAGUCUCCUCUCCGAACCUCCUCCACAUCCCCCAGCCAUAUGGCGAUGUACAUGGUAUACGGGACGAUGACCAGGACAUACCCCAGCGGCAGCGGUCCUUCCACCGGCGGGCGUCUACCGAGCCGACUAGCCUGCCACAACCCGAGGAUCAAGAAUGGCGACGGCGUAUUCAGGAUUGGAACGACCAUACGAUCAAAGCGCGAGGCCGCAAGCGGAGGGGCAAAUGCAUUGUCAUGUAG